AUGUUGCGCGCCGCUGCGCUCGCCGCCGCGGGCCUCGGGCCCCGCCUGAGCCGCCGCCUGCUGUCGGCUGCCGCUGCCCACGCUGUGCCGGCCCCCAACCCGCAGCCCGAGGUCUUUUACAACAAGAUCUUCAUAAACAAUGAGUGGCACGACGCUGUCAGCAAGAAAACGUUCCCCACUGUUAAUCCAUCCACCGGGGAAGUCAUCUGCCAGGUAGCUGAAGGGGACAAGGAAGACGUGGACAGGGCAGUAAAGGCUGCGCGGGCUGCCUUCCAGCUGGGCUCGCCCUGGCGCCGCAUGGAUGCGUCGGAAAGGGGCCGGCUGCUGUACCGCCUGGCUGACCUGAUCGAGCGGGACCGGACCUACCUGGCAGCUUUGGAGACUCUGGAUAAUGGCAAGCCUUACAUCAUGGCCUACCUCACGGAUUUGAACAUGGUCCUCAAAUGUCUCCGUUAUUACGCCGGCUGGGCUGAUAAGUACCAUGGGAAAACCAUUCCCAUCGACGGGGACUUCUUCAGCUACACCCGCCAUGAGCCAGUGGGGGUGUGUGGGCAGAUCAUCCCGUGGAACUUUCCGCUCUUGAUGCAAGCGUGGAAACUGGGCCCAGCCUUGGCGACUGGAAACGUGGUUGUGAUGAAGGUGGCCGAGCAGACUCCACUCACCGGCCUCUACGUGGCCAACCUGAUUAAGGAGGCUGGCUUCCCCCCUGGCGUGGUCAAUAUUGUUCCUGGAUUUGGCCCCACAGCUGGGGCUGCCAUCGCCUCCCACGAGGAUGUGGACAAAGUGGCCUUCACAGGCUCCACUGAGGUUGGCCACCAAAUCCAGAUUGCUGCGGGGAGCAGUAACCUCAAGAAAGUGACCCUGGAGCUGGGGGGGAAGAGCCCUAAUAUCAUCAUGUCAGAUGCUGACAUGGACUGGGCCGUGGAGCAGGCCCACUUAGCCCUGUUCUUCAACCAGGGCCAGUGCUGCUGUGCGGGCUCCCGGGUCUUUGUGCAGGAGGAUAUUUACACCGAGUUUGUGGAGCGGAGCGUCACCCGGGCCAAGUCUCGGGUGGUUGGCAACCCCUUUGAUGGCAAGACCGAGCACGGACCACAGGUGGACGAAACUCAGUUUAAGAAGAUCCUCGGCUAUAUCAAAUCUGGGAAGGAGGAGGGGGCAAAGCUGCUGUGUGGUGGAGGGGCGGCUGCUGACCGUGGCUACUUCAUCCAGCCCACUGUGUUUGGAGGCGUGCAAGACAGCAUGACCAUCGCUAAGGAGGAGAUCUUUGGGCCAGUGAUGCAGAUCCUGAAGUUCAAGACCAUAGAGGAAGUCGUUGGAAGAGCCAACAAUUCCAAGUACGGGCUGGCCGCAGCUGUCUUCACAAAGGACUUGGACAAAGCGAAUUAUCUGUCCCAAGCGCUGCAGGCUGGUACUGUGUGGGUCAACUGCUAUAACGUGUUUGGGGCCCAGUCGCCAUUUGGUGGCUACAAGUUGUCUGGGAAUGGCCGGGAGCUGGGCGAGUACGGUCUGCAGGCGUACACUGAAGUGAAAACCGUCACAGUGAAAGUUCCUCAGAAGAACUCGUAAAGAAGCACGCCGGCUUCCUGACCUACCCAGUGAGACAAAGCUCAGCGACAUUAGCAACAGGAUCAAGAAAAAUGACCCUUGCACUCUAAAAGUCUGAAAAGAGAAAUUCUCCCACAAAAUCUCUUGGAUCAAGAAGGUCCCAGAAUUUGACUUCCUGUUGGGUGGGGGUGGGGUAAAAGGAAUAUGGGAAGUAUUUGAAACUGCAAUAAUAAUACCAGCGUAUUCUUGUGAUUUUUCAAAAACAGACUCAAACUGUCUCAUCCCGUCCAUCUGAUACACUUUUGUAACUCGCCCUCAUAGGAGAAGAAAAAGCUAUUGUUUCCUAUUGUAUUCACUUUGAGGCCACAGCUUGCACCUUGCUUUGUAUUCUGGACUAAAACUCAUUAAAAAACAGCGCUGUUCUUCA